AUGCCACCUUUCCUGGUCACCCUCUUCCUCCUUCACUCUUGCUUCCUCCAAGCAAAUGGCCACCUCCGUGAAGGAAUGACAUUGCUGAAGACUGAAUUUGCACUUCGCCUCUACCAGAGCGUGGCCGCGUGUAAAAACGAGACGAACUUCGUCAUCUCUCCUGCUGGUGUGUCCCUCCCCUUGGAGAUCCUGCAGUUUGCAGCAGAAGGGAACACUGGCCAGCAGCUGGCAGAUGCCCUGGGGUACACUGUCCAUGACCAAAGGGUGAAAGAUUUCUUGCAUGCUGUUUAUGCCACAAUACCCACCUCCAGCCAAGGUGCCGAGAUGGAGCUGGCCUGCAGCCUUUUUGUGCAAGUGGGAACACCGCUGUCCCCCUGCUUUGUGGAGCAGGUCUCCUGGUGGGCCAAUAGCAGCCUGGAACCAGCCGACCUCGGUGAGCCCAACAGCACCGCCAUCCAGACUAGCGAAGGGGCUUCCAGACAGACUGCAGGUGAGAGCCCUAGUGAGGGCCCUGGUGGCUGGCCGUGGGAGCAAGUUGGUGCAGCAUUUGCUCAGCUUGUGCUUGUGAGCACCAUGUCCUUCCAAGGCACUUGGCGGAAGAGAUUCUCCUCCACAGACACGCAGAUCCUGCCUUUCACCUGUGCCCAUGGCCUCGUCCUUCAGGUCCCCAUGAUGCACCAAAUGGCCGAGGUCAACUACGGUCAGUUCCAAGACACCGCAGGACAUCAGGUGGGGGUGCUGGAGCUGCCUUACCUGGGAAGUGCAGUGAGUCUGUUCCUGGUGCUGCCCCGUGACAAAGACAUCCCCCUGAGCCACAGUGAGCCACACCUCACAGCCAGCACCAUCCACCUCUGGACCACCAGCCUGAGGAGAGCCAGGAUGGAUGUGUUCCUGCCCAGGUUUAGGAUCCAAAAUCAAUUCAACUUAAAAAGCAUUUUAAAUUCUUGGGGAGUCACUGAUCUUUUCGAUCCACUCAAAGCUAACUUAAAAGGAAUUUCAGGCCAAGAUGGCUUUUACGUUUCUGAAGCAAUCCACAAGGCCAAGAUUGAAGUUUUGGAGGAAGGCACCAAGGCAUCUGGAGCCACAGCUCUGUUGUUAUUGAAAAGGUCUCGGAUUCCUACUUUUAAAGCAGAUCGGCCAUUCAUCUAUUUCCUGAGAGAACCUAAUACAGGUAUUACAGUGUUUUUUGACAGGAUUCAGAUAAUUAUGUAUCAGUGUCUCUCUAGCAACAAGGGCUCAUUUGUCCACUAUCCCCUCAAAAAUAAGCAUUCUUUCUAG